UCCGCACUGCACAUUGACUGCUCCGUUGCGUUCUCAAUGAACAACGGCCGUUGCUUUUGUGGUCCUUCGUAAAGCACAGUUAUGGAGAACCUGUGGUUGACCCCCAUCCCACCGUGGAGACUGUGUAUUUUGCCAUAGAUGGUGGCUUGAGUUCUACUUUCUUGGCAAUCCCUCAACUUCUCAGAUUGAAUAACUCCAGGCUGUAAGGAGAAGGUUGUCCAGAAUCUCAUUGAAGCCAAUGUCACAACCGCGGACGUAAAUAGCCUUGAUCAUCCCAUGCUUUGAAUGGAGAUUCUAAGAUUGGAACACACCGGUAGUAUAGUACAAUAUCAUACGCAUCUCAAAUGCAUCAUCAAAUGACUCAAACGGUAACUCGUGAGCCCCAGGCAGUUACUCGCACCAUGAAAGCAUAUUUGAACGAUGAAUCAGUUCUAGCAAUGGACUCGACAGAAUCUGUUGUGGACUUUUCGCACUUUGUCGUCGAUGACAGAAACAUCUAGGAGGCACACGUGACUGAUCAAACUUCCGAAGUUGACAGGGUAAACCUUGCUGGCCAAACCGGUAUCAGAUCUUGCCCAUGUGUUCCGUCAAUUUUUAUUGAUAAGGACUGGCAUAAAUUUGGACUUGUGGAUUUCGUGAAAGGGAAAUUCUUCAGGGAGAGUACGAUAUAGAUGAUUGAGAUUCUAGUUCCAGAAGCCAAGCGUGAGUGAAGUAUCCCUAGAGUUGAAAUUCC